AUCGGUUCAAGCUGAAAAUUUGACACCAUAAUGAUUGAUUUGUGGAGUUGUGUAUGUGUGGUGCUUCUCCUAUGGUACGCUGCAAUCCUCAUGGUGGCGGUCGUGGGUGUUACCGAGCUCCUCUUCAACUACACCACCCAAAAGUUCUUCACGCUCGACAAGUCCGAGUAUGAGCCUGUCACCAUCUUAAGACCCAUCAAAGGUAUAGACCCCGAGUUGGAAACAUGUUUAGAGUGUUCUUUCCAGCAGGCGUACGCGGUGAACGCCCUAGAGGUGAUUCUCUGUGUCGACAGUGCUGCCGAUGAGUCGAUGCCCAUCUUGAAACGACUUAUUGCAAAGUACCCUGAAGUUGAUGCAAAAAUCCUAGUUUCACCAACCGACAAUCAUGGUAACUCCGUCGACCAUUUCGGACCCAAUCCCAAAGUGAACAACUUGGCCAAAGGCUUUUUGGCUGCUAAAUAUGACAUUGUGUGGAUUAUGGAUUCAAACGUCUGGGGCCACCCCAACCUCUUGGUGAACCUGAUCAAGUCGUUGAACCACAAUUUGGUGGAUGGAGGACGCACCAACUGGACCUGGGGCCCCAGUGCCGGGCGCAAGGUCAAGUUGGUACACCACGUACCGUUGGCGAUGUCCAUCACUGCCCAGCUGCUGCUCUGGGAUAAACUCGGGGUGAAGUUGGACGAGACUUUCCUCUUCUCAUCACACUGCAAGUUCUACGUGGGCUUGAACAAACUCAGCCCUGCGCCUUGUGUCAACGGCAAGAGCAAUAUGUUCCGCCGCCUGGACCUCGACGAGGCUGUGGCCCGAAUUCCUAACGCAAAUAACCCAUUUUUUAGUGAUCCCAGCGUCAAACUACAUGCCCAGCAGUUAGCAUCAGAAGGACCAGGCCAUUCGCUCAAGUUCUUCAGCAAGUACAUUGGCGAGGAUAAUAUGAUUGCCAUUGCGCUCUGGGAGUUUUUGUUCAGCAGAACCUCGUUGACGCUGGAUGUGGUGAUCCAGCCGCUCAACAAACUGGAAACCAGCAAGCACGGAAUCGUCGAGUUCUUCAAACGCCGGAUCCGCUGGCUCCGCGUGCGCAAGUAUAUGGUGUACCUGGCAACUCUCGUGGAGCCCACCACCGAGCUGAUAGUGAACGGGGUCUUUGGGACCUUGUCAAUCAGUUAUUUAAUGUUUGGUGAGGUUUUCAUCAAAAAGUUUUUUAUGCUCCACAUGAUCUUGUGGUAUUUAUCAGACACAUGCCAAUAUCGAAUGCUCAUGUCCCGGAUAGAGUCGUACGCACGGCCGGUGUGGUUUUCGUGCCAGUUCAAUUGGUACGAGUGGACGUGUGUGUGGAUGUUGCGAGAGGUAUUUGCGCUUCCGAUUUGGAUCAUAGCGAUGUUAGGACACGAGAUAGACUGGCGCGGACGGCCGUUCCGAAUUAAGCCCGACUUGACGGCGGAGGAGCUCUAGGUCUGGACCUGGCCAGCGGCGGUAGUCAGCAACUGGAGGGAUUUUAGCAUUUGCUGGCGGUAGUUGCAAACUUGAAUCGCAGCUGUCGCGCUCGCGGGUAGCAGCCAUGUUGGCCAGACUCCCUUCCCCCCAAAUAAACACAUGGGAUGCCAUGGUCCCGGCACAAUACACAAUAGUCUUAUAAAAACAAGCAUGACAUAGACAGCCCUUGUCUACCACUACUUAUUGUAUAUAGAAUAGCAUAUGCCAAUAUAGCAUAGUAUGCAUCGGCU